AAUUUAUGUCCAAAUUUAACAUCUGAAAGAGAGACAAACCUAGAGACUUUGUCCAACCGUUAAUAAUAAAAUGAGAAAAGGCCAAGUCACAAGGCAGUGGGACCAGGCGUUCACAACCUGAUCGGCGUUGUUUUGCUUCGUUUUUAAUGCUCAUCUGGGGUUCCUCUUCUUUAGCUCUCAUCAGCAAAUUUUUCCUUCAAUUAUGAGACUCGAAGCAAAACUACAACAUCCAUUGACUUGAUCCCUUCCUUUCAUCUGCCAAUACUACCAGUUACCAGGGUUUUCUUUAGCUCUAAAUAAUACGCCGUAUUUCCUUUUUUCGCCCAAUAUACGAAUCCACAGAGCGAAAGCGAGAAACGAUAUAAAUUUGGUAGAGGAUCCGUCGUUUAUAAAGUCGCUAGCACGCUGCUGCUCAAGGUAUGCACCUGACAAGAGAGCAGUGUUGAAAGUAAAUUUCUGAGAAAUGUCAUGAAAAGCAAGGAAUUGAGUGGAAGUCAAAUAUGUAUCUCCCUUUUCGUCAUGAUGGCAAUGUCAAAGAGUCCAUGCUUAACAAUCCAGCCUCAAACUUGCUUGAUUCAACAAGCACAGGUUGGCCUUUUGGAACAUCAUUUUCGGCACAAUCAGCAUCAAAUCCUGUUUUCCAUCACUCAGGAAGCAUCCAGGGAUUGCAUAAUGUUCAUGGCAAUUACAGUAUGCCAACCAUGCCAUCUUCCAUUUCGUCUCGCAAUUCAGGAUUUGGAGGUCUUCCUUCUGGUGGUGUUCACCAGCCCUCUGGUGGCCUUUCAUCUGGACGUUUUGCAUCAAACAAUCUCCCAGUUGCUCUUUCCCAGUUAUCACAUGGUGGAAUACAUGGGCAUGCAGGGAUGGCAAACCGUACAGGUUCUGGGUUAUCUCUUACAAGCAACACAGGGGCUAGGAUAACAAGCUCUGCUGCCAUUAUGGGUGGGCCCGCAGGUGUAGCUGCAGGAGGCUUGGGGAGAACUAUUAGUAUUGGUGGAGGCCAAUCUGUAUCAGGAUCAUCAUCCCGUGCUGGAACUGGCGGCAUUGGCAUACAAGGGCCUGGUAGACCAAUGAGCACCAUCCCUCAACAAGGAUCAACUCAAAUGGUGUCUCUACUUGGAAAUACAUUUUCAUCAUCUGUGGGAGCGGCAAAUAGCGGACAACCCAUGAUGGGGAAUGGACAUCAAAACCCAAUGGGACUUACAAAUGAUUUAAAUUCAAAUGAUACUUCGCCAUAUGACAUUAGCGAAUUUCCACAACUAACUUCUCGUCCCAAUUCAAGUGGGGGUCCACAAGGACAAUUAGCUUCAAUAAGAAAGCAAGGUCUUGGUGUUAAUUCUCUUGCUUCACAAAACCAAGAAUUCAGCAUUCAAAAUGAGGACUUCCCAGCCUUACAAAGUUCAAAAGCAGGUAAUGUGGAUUUUGCUGUGGAUUUACAUCCAAAGGAUCAUCAUCAUGAAAACGCUUUGGCAUUAAUGCAGUCACACCACUACCCAGUGGGAAGAUCUGCUGGAUUUUCUUUAGGAGGAUCAUAUGCCACUCAUCAUCAUCAGCAGCAGCAACAAGAAGUUCGAUCUAGCUUAUCAAGCACCAAUGCAGGGGCUUCAUUUGCAGGCUCUGCCAAUUCUGCAGAUCUCAUGCAUUUACAUAACUCAGAUUUAUUUCCAUCUUCUCACAAUCUUUCAGCUUCUUACCACUCUCAGGUUGUUCCGGGCCUAAGGUCUGGAGUUCCAACAACAAUAAUGCCUGGCAUAGGGUCAUAUGAUCAUCUAUUACAGUAUCAUCACGGUCAUUCUCAGUUUCGACACAUGCCAUCUGUUAACCCCUCAUCAAGGGAGCACCUGCUGAAAUCAAUGCAUGCACUUCAAGGAGCUCCUGAUGCUUUUGGAUUAUUAGGUCUGCUUAGUGUUAUAAGGAUGAGUGAGCCUGAUUUGACAACAUUAGCAUUGGGGAUAGAUCUAACAACUCUAGGAUUAAAUUUAAAUUCAAGGGAUAACCUAUACAGGACAUUUGCCUCCCCUUGGGCUGAUGGGCCUGCAAAAGGUGAGCCUGAGUAUACAUUGCCGCAGUGCUAUUCUCAGCCAGUUCUUAGAUUGCAGCCAGGAUACUUCACCAAGUUCCAACAAGAGACUCUUUUCUAUAUAUUUUACAGCAUGCCAAAUGAUGCAGCACAGUUACAUGCUGCUAAUGAGUUGUAUAGAAGGGGUUGGUUUUAUCACAAAGAACUGCGAAUGUGGUUGAUGCAUGUUCCGAACACAGAGCCUCUUGUCAAGACAACUAUGCAUGAAAGGGGGUCAUACUUGUAUUUUGAUCCCAAUCAAUGGGAGAUUGGACAGAAGGACAACUAUGUUCUACAUUAUGAAAUGCUGGAGAAGAAACCUCAAUUAUCACAUACAACUGAAUUAUAGCAAGCCUCUCAUUUGCCCAAGAUGUGGAGAAGAAACCCGCAAUUGUCACAAACAGCUGAACUGUAGCGAGCCUUCCAAUUACACAAGCUGUGGCAUCCUGCCCUGUAAUCAUAGAUUGUAGAGCAAUUGUCUACCUUGUAACGUAUAGUUGGUAUUUACCAAUUCUUUUGUAUGCAAGCUACGGUAUUCCCUAAGGUGUGGGUAUAACAAGUUGAAAUAAUUGCUGAAAAAAUGUGUCUUGAUCAUUGUUUAGUUCUGUGCAAAAGCAUAUGAGAGUCAUCAUCUAAUGAUUGGGGCCUUAUUUAAUUUGAUUUCAUAGUCAGAUUUAUAAGGUCGUCUUCAAAAUUUAAUCAAUGAGAGCCUAUUGCAUUUCCUGGCAUAUGCCUAUAGAUUUUCACCAAGUUCCACAAUUUGUCAUCAAUGAACUUCACACAAUGUGCAUUGAAUUUUGUUUUUCCGGAUUAUGGUAGAUGAGUGACUGGAUGUUAUCAAUCUUGUAAAAGGUAGACAUCAGUAUUUUUACACAUGUUUCAACUCAUAAAAGCAUAAGCUGGACAAAGUUACUCGUCUUGCACAAUUUCAUGCUACUGAAGAUGAAAUCUUACCAUUCAUUAGGAGCGCAUCAUUAGGAGUGGAAUUUGAGGGACGAUUCCUCACAUUCUACUUUUCUCCAUUUUGAACUCUGGUGGUUUCCAUCUUUAAUACUGAAUGAUUUUAUUCCCAAAAUAUAUGAGAUUAUGUACCCAAAUGGGUAUCUCCUCAAUGAGGUUGAAUU